ACUCGCAAUUCAAUAUUAGUUAUUUUUGGUUUUAACAUUUGAUAGUUUUUCGAUUAACAACAUGCUGCACACAUAGUAUUUGCACAGCCGGCACGAGUAACGGCUGUGCCACCAAGCAGCAUUAUCACCAAACAUCAGACAUCUUGCCACACAACUCAUUAAAAUGUAAACAAACACACACACAGAAUAGCUCACCUACAAGCCAUAAACAAAAAAAGUUGUUUGUUUUAAUUGCUGUUGUUGUUGCCUUAAAAUUAUGCAAAAACUAGUUUUGCGCGGUUAUUGAACUUAUGACACUUGACUCGAGCUGCCCAAAAAAAAAAAAAAACGCUUGAGGCGUGAUUAGAAAUAGCUGGCCAUCAGAACUCAAAUUCAGUUCGAUCUUCAAACCGAGCCAAACCGUGCAGAAAGAAAGAAUUCGAAGACGGAACAGAAAAGUCGCCACAUGCACGUCUACAAAAUGUCAAAUCGUGCUCCCGAGCUGAUUAUAUGCUCCUUCAUUAUCGUCAGCUUGCUGGUGAUACACUUCUUCUCGGACCUGUUGCGCAUCUCCUUGGCUGGCAGUUAUGCGCUGGACGUGACACUGUCGCAGCUGAUCGAGGCCCAGUCCAAGGAGUAUGCGUGGUUGCUCAAGCUGCUGGUCAACUGCUUCGGCUACAGCUGUGUCUUUCUGCCCGGCUAUCUCAUCUACAAAUAUGUGCAGCGCAGCAGCUACUUGGAGCGUGGCAAUCGCACGUUUCUGCACACGGCCAUCAAUAUGUGCAUCACGGGCAACUCCAGUUACGAGUCUGUCGAUGUCAUACACGCUGCCAGCAGCAGCGGCAGCAGCAACGGCCUAUCUACGGAACGUUCCCACAAGCGGACAAGUUCACAGGAGGCGGUGCAGAUGCUUUGGUGUUUUGGCGGCCUGAUGGUCUCCUAUCUGACAUGGGGUGUGCUCCAGGAGAAGAUUAUGACGCAGCAUUAUCUGAAUUACGCCGGUGAGAGUUCAAAGUUCAAGGACUCACAAUUCCUGGUCUUUGCCAAUCGCCUGCUGGCCUUCGUCGUCGCCCUCACCUAUAUGCAGUGGCAGCCAUCGACUUCGCGACAUCGUGCCCCACUGUACAAGUACGCGUAUGCCUCUUUCUCGAAUAUAAUGAGUGCCUGGUUCCAGUACGAGGCGCUUAAGUUCGUCAGCUUCCCCACGCAGGUGCUGGCCAAGUCCUGCAAAAUCAUACCCGUCAUGCUGAUGGGCAAAAUCAUGUCCAAGGCCAAAUAUGAAACGCAUGAAUAUCUAACGGCUCUGCUCAUAUCCCUGGGCAUGAUCUUCUUCAUGAGCGGCUCCUCGGAGAGUAGUAGGGCCAGUGGCGUCACAACGCUAACGGGCAUCUUUCUGCUGUCCAUGUACAUGCUGUUCGACAGCUUCACGGCCAACUGGCAGGGAUCGCUCUUCAAGAGCUACGGCAUGACCUCGCUGCAAAUGAUGUGCGGCGUCAAUUUGUUCUCAUCGAUUUUCACGGGCGCGUCGCUUUCCAUGCAGGGCGGCUUCAUGGACUCGCUAGCCUUUGCCACGGAGCAUCCCAAGUUUGUGUUUGAUAUGGUUGUGCUCUCCAUUUGCUCAGCGGUCGGCCAAUUGUUUAUCUAUCACACAAUUGAUGUAUUCGGGCCAGUUGUGUUUACCAUCAUAAUGACAGUGCGUCAGGCCGUUGCCAUCAUGCUCUCCUGCUUGAUCUAUCAGCACAGCAUUACGCUGCUAGGCAUCUUUGGGGUGCUCAUCGUGUUCGUGGCCAUCUUUUUGCGUGUCUACUGCAAUCAGCGUCUGAGGGCGAAACGCAAGCGUGCUGAAGCCAACAAGCCGAGAGUAGCUGUUUAGUUGGGCAACAUGCCUCUCAAACUAUGACGCACAGUUUGCUGCAAAUCUUUGCUCAGUUAAGAUAAAAAAAAGAAAAAAAAAACUAUUUUAAUGUCAGUCAGCGAUUGUUUAUUUACCAUUUAUCAGGUCAUAGACUAUUAUCAAUUGUACAGUUACGUUUUUUUUUAGUUUUAAGGCAAAAAGAAAAAAGUCCAGAGGCUUUAGCUACUAUUGUAUUUGUAAUAAUGCAGCUAUCAGCCUAAAAUUAUGAAUAGGCUCAAUACUUUAACUGUCUAAUGCAGCUCCCGUUUAACCUGAUGUGCUUAGCUUAUGGAAUAUAUAAAUAUA